CCCAGCCAGUCAUCCUUCUGGCUUCAGAGUUCCCUCGGACCCUGAAGUCCACUCGUCUGGCUGGGAGUCCCAAGGAGCUGCAUCAUGCCCUCCUCUCCGCUCAGGGUGGCUGUGGUCUGUAUGAGUAACAUGAACAGGAGCAUGGAAGCCCACAACAUCCUCAUGAAGAAAGGGUUCAGUGUCAAGUCUUUUGGAGCUGGAUCCUGUGUGAGGCUCCCAGGAUGUGCAGGUAGCCUCCCCAUGGUUUAUGAUUUUUCCACCACGUAUGAGCAAAUGCGCAAGGACCUUCUCCACAAAGGUGGAGAAUGCUAUAGAAGCAAUGGCGUCUUACACAUCUUGGGAAGAAAUGAGAGAAUCAAGCCUCACCCAGAAAGAUUUCAAGAGUGCAGGGAUCCCUUUGAUGUCAUCUUCACGUGUCAGGAGAGCGUCUAUGACAGGGUGGUGGCAGAUCUGUGUACCCGAGAGCAGGAGACCUGUCAGCCUGUGCACGUGAUCAACGUGGACAUAGACGACACCCUGGAGGACGCCACUCUUGGAUCUCUGAUCAUCUGUGAGCUCUGCCAAGGUCUCCAGCAGGCAGAUGACAUGGAAAGCAGUCUGGCUGAGCUUCUCCUGGCAGCAGAGGGGAAAACAGGAAGGAGCUUUCUGCACACGGUCUGCUUCUACUGA